AACAAGGCAAGCUCGAUCGAACCGGACUGGCAAUCGUCAUUUUGGGGACCAAACUACGCCCGCCUUCGCGAAAUCAAGGAAAAAUAUGAUCCUGAUGGUCUUUUGUGGUGCCCUCGGUGUGUUGGAAGUGAGGAUUGGGUGCAGCGACACGAUGGUAAGCUUUGCCGAGCAUUCGCCCCGUGGUAA